CUCACUCUUAACACAAACUCUUUUGUCUCUGUCUCUCAUGGCGACUCUUCCUCUCCCGACUCAAACUUCCACAAUCUCUCUCCCUAAACCUUAUCUCUCCAAUUCCUUCUCCUUCCCACUCCGUAACUCAACACUCUUACCAACAACAAAUCGCCGGAACUUUCUCACCGCCGGAAGGAUCGUGGCUCGGUCAUAUAAAGUGGUGGUGGAGCACGACGGAAAGACGACUGAAUUGGAAGUCGAACCAGACGAGACGAUUCUAUCGAAGGCUCUUGAAUCCGGCCUUGACGUUCCUUAUGACUGUAACCUCGGUGUUUGUAUGACUUGUCCGGCUAAGCUUGUGGCUGGAACGGUGGAUCAGAGUGAUGGGAUGCUAAGUGAGGAUGUGGUGGAACGUGGCUACGCGCUUCUAUGUGCUUCGUAUCCAACUUCUGAUUGUCACAUUAAGAUGAUCCCUGAGGAAGAGCUCUUGUCUCUCCAGCUUGCCACUGCCAACGACUGAUCCAUCUUCUUGAUUAGCUUAAAGAACAGUCUUUUUUGGUGUAAUACUUUUGUAACGAAUCUUGCUAUGAGACUUUGAAAUCUUAAUUUCAAACAAGGAAAUGGAAUUUCAAACAUUUUAGUUUGAUUCAAUGAGCCAAAACCAACAGUGAUACAUAACAUAAUCAACAAUACUAGUUUUU